AUGAGGUCGUCUGCUCUACUUUCUGGACUUCUCUUAGGAAUCAUCUCUCAAACCUCAGCUGCAAUUAUGAGAGUACCAGGACCAAGCGGAGAUAUUAAAACCAUCCUUCAUGGCACUCUGGGUGAUACUUCUAGUGUAGUGGCUUGGUCAGGGUCUUUUACAGAGAUGCAGGACAGACUUGCCGAAGGACAAAGACUUGCACAUCUACCGCCUCCUAAGUGGGAAUUGGGAUCUCCUUUAGCAGCAAACAACAAAGAAAGGAUCUUGAAAAGUGGAGGUGGUGGUAAAGCAAUUAAAUUUCGUCCUGGCGCGGGCUCUUCGGCGGCUGACACAUCCUUCUCCACAAAGUUAACCUGGGUAUUCCUAUCUGGACAUCUUGCUAUGUUGAGGCAUUGGUUUGCCAGGCUCUGA